AUGAUAGUGCUAGUAGAAAGUAGCGGAGACAGCUUUAUGAUAGUGCCAGUAGAAAGUAGCGGAGACAACUGUAUUAUAGUACUAGUAGACAGUAGCGGAGACAACUGUAUGAUAGUGCUAGUAGACGGUAGCGGAGACAGCUGUAUGAUAGUUCUAGUAGACGGUAGCGGAGACAGCUGUAUGAAAGUUCUAGUAGACAGUAGCGGAGACAGCUGUAUGAUAGUGCUAGUAGACGGUAGCGGAGACAGCUGUAUGAUAGUUCUAGUAGACGGUAGCGAAGACAGCUGUAUGAAAGUUCUAGUAGACAGUAGCGGAGACAGCUGUAUGAUAUUGCUAGUAGACGGUAGAGAAGACGACUACACCGUGGUACUGACAGACGGUAGAGGAGACGACUACACCGUGGUAAAGACAGAGGGUAGAGAAGACGACUUCACCGUGGUACUGACAGACGGUAGAGAAGACCACUACAUCGUGGUACUGACAGACGGUGCAGAAGACCACUACACCGUGGUACUGACAGACGGUAGAGAAGACAACUUCACCGUGGUACUGACAGACGGUAGAGAAAACGACUACACCGUGGGACUGACAGACGGUAGAGAAGACGACUACACCGUGGUACUGACAGAUGGUAGAGAAGACGACUUCACCGUGGUACUGACAGACGGUAGAGAAGACCACUACAACGUGGUACUGACAGAUGGUAGAGAAGACGACUACACCGUGGUACUGACAGAUGGUAGAGAAGACCACUACAUUGUUUUACUAGCAGCGAAAUGA